UUCCACUUCCUACACAAAAACAUCAACACUCGCUUCUACCUACACCAAAAAUUACCGAAGCUCAUCACUAGCCCUCAAUGCAUUCACUGUCCUUACUUCCGUCGCAACACCAUUGACACACUUGACCAUUUCAACUUUCUUUGUCCAGUCAAUUACAGAAUCUGGUGUCACAUCCUCUCCACAUAUAUCGAUCCUUCUCUUACGACAACUCCUCAAUCUCCUUAUUCUGCAUUCCCAGCCCUAUCCACACAACAAAUCUGCGCUAGCACAUUGGAAGGUCUAUGGUCCAGCCAUUGGCGUUUGGUUUUUGAUUCCAUACCCUUC